UUGCCUUUUGCUUGUCACCGCUCAAAAGUUCACCCGGCGUUCGAGCUCUGAGACCGGUUCUUCAAACCUCGCGCAUUUCUACCCCAGUGCUGGUCACAAACCAUCCGAUCUACGUCAAUCAAUGGACUAAAGUACUGGCAUCUGAGUUGAACGUGACUUGACGCUUCUUCCGCUCAAUAUUCUUAGUAUUAUGCACUAUGAUCAGGUGUGCGCCCAAUGGCGGGAGCGAGAAUCGGUAGGAAGUCGAUGGGUAUAUAUACAUGCAGCACAUGGUCCAAUGGCAGUGUGUGAUUUGCUUGUAGCACAAUUCAUCAAGUAGGGUUAUCCCUAUCCAUCAAGAAGACAUAUUUCUCCGAAUCGUAUCUCUCAAUAAGAAAAUGAAAUCGUUUGCUCUGUGUGUGCUGUUUGCAUCCAUGGCCUUGGCCUUUCCACAGGCCCAAAAUCCUUAUCUCUCCAUCAAGGUCAAUGUUGGGGGAAGUGGCUAUGAGACGGAUGUGAGCAAGCAAGAAGUUCACAACAAGUUGAUCAAUGCCCAAGGAGUAAAGGAGGAAUACGAGCCUUUCCAAGACCAUGUCCCACCCUUUCUGGCGCUCCCCGCCAUCACACCCUAUGAUUCGAGAGACUCGCCAUCCGAUUCGUAUUUUAAACCUAAGCCUCAGCCUUACCGUGCCGAAGCCCGUGAAACCUACACUCCUUACCAAGAGGCAAUUGAGGAGCCAGCCGCUCCAUAUCCUUUAGAGGAAGAUGAUGCUGAUGACAAGCAAGAGGAAUAAGAUUCCAACGACAUGUGCGGUCAAAAUUGUCAUACUAAGUAAAUAAAUAUGAAAAUGUUAUUUUCUCCGGAUAUUGCUUCGAAUUCCUUCCUCACAAAACUUCCAAAAAAAGGAAGAGAGAGAGAAAAAAACAGCCACUGUCAAGGGAGAUAAUUUUUCAGCCCUCAAGACAAGUCCAGUCUGUCAAUUAAUGUUUGCUCUAGUUUUUUCGUCUUCUCUCCUCCAUUUCUGCACACCUUCCUUCGUCUAUUCAUGGAUGGAGCAUUGGAGCAAGUUGCAAACACUUCUCAUGCAUUACCCAUU